AUGUUACUUAUUAUUUUAAUUAAACCAAUGGACAUCUCGGUCGAUGAGCUGCGGAUACCUGUGGACACCAAUGAUGAUCAUAAAAUUAAAAAGGAGGACUCGAUGCCCAUCGACGGCGCCUCCUGUCUGUCACACGUGUACUACUCAUGGAUGACACCAAUCAUAUGGCGCUCAUUCCAGCGCAAAGGCCUACAGCCUCGGGAUAUCUACCGGUGCUCACCAUUGGACGCGUGCCAUACAAAUACAACAAGGAUGGCCAACUUAUGGCAUGAGGAAUGCGGCAAACAUGGAUUAUCCCGAUUAAUAUUCGCCGCAAUGGCUUACCUCGUGUGCCUUUUAUUGGGUUACUUAAGUUCAACACUAUUUUUGAAAAAUCUGCUUGAUUAUAUUGAAACGGACUCUAGUUCAAUAGGGCCUGGUCUAAAAUGGACAUGUUUACUAUUCCUGUGCGAACUGACCCGGUGUUCAUCCUAUGCCAUAAUGUACGGCAUAUGCAUCAGGACUGGUAUCCGGACCAGCAGUGCGCUGACCGGUCUCUUAUACCGCAAACUACUGACAGCGGGCGGCACCAGUAGUGCCACAAUCGGCGAGACAGUCAACCUGUUUGCCGUAGACAUGAGCAAAGUGUUUAACAUGGUACACGUAAUGCCCUUGGUCAUUGGCGGCCCGGUGGUCACACUAGCAACCGUGGGCUACACGUGGUGGCUGUUGGGCCCACUGGCACUGGUGGGUGAUUUGGCGUUUGUGGCAAUAUUUGCCAUACAAUUCGCUACGGCUAGGGGUCAGGCCGAGUAUCGGCGCCGAGCGGUGGCCAACAGUGACAAACGGGUGGCGCUUAUGGCUGAACUACUGGCGCACAUUCGCACCGUUAAGCUGUACGGCUGGGAACAGGUAUUCGCCAAACGCGUCAUAGAAUAUCGCCGUAAGGAAAUCCGGUGGCUCAAGAUGUGCCAAUACUUGCAGUGCGUGAGCACAUCACUGGCCGUCACCGCGCCGUUGAUCAUAACAGUGAUCACAAUUUUGGUCUAUACCAGCGCUGGUAGGGGUGAUCUUACGUCAGCCAAAGCAUUCACCCUGGUGAUGAUCAACUACAUGGCCGCCCACGGUAUCCGAUCCCUACCCAUAUAUAUCCGGGACAUUGUUAACGGCCGGAUAGCUUUGGCCCGCAUUGAACGGGUGCUGAAAUGCCCGGAGAGGGCCGACUAUAUCACAGCCAACACCGAUAGCCCUACAGUUGCCAUACAUCUAAACCACGUGACAGUCGCGUGGGAUGAGCAUAAAGAGAGUGGCCAACUGUCUACUACAACAAUACCUCGGUGUUUAACCGACAUAAACCUAGAUGUGCCCGUAGGGGCGCACGUGGGCGUAAUUGGGGCGGUGGGCGCCGGCAAGACAUCGCUAUUACGGACAAUACUCGGCCAAAUGGCACUCGUAUCGGGUCGGGUAGGCCUGAGGGGAUCGGUAGCCUACGUAGCGCAGGAGCCCUGUAUACUAAACACUACAAUCCAAGACAAUAUCACGUUUGGCCAGCCGUACGACCCGAACCGCUACCAUCAGGCAAUUCGGUGCUGCGCUUUGGGGCCUGAUUUUGGUGCACUUCCGGCCGGCGAUCGGACAGAGAUCGGCGAACGCGGUGUCACCCUAUCGGGCGGACAGCGCCAGAGGGUCAGUCGACUGGUCCGUACGGGUCCGCACCGGGAGCUGUACGACACGGAUUUAGAUUAUAGGCAACUCAUCGACUCGUCCGACGAUAUAAUGGCAGCUAAUGUUGAAGAAGACGUGGCUAAGGAUCAGCUCAAAGACACCACGAAUGGGACGAUAACACAGUCUGUACGGCACAGGCGGUCGGACUCCGGUGUGGUAACGGAUUCGGACUCCGGCGACGAGGCUUGCGAUUCGUACUCUAAGUUAAUGUCCGGUCGUUUAAUGUCCGACGAAAGGGUCGCCACAGGCGGUGACAUAUCGUGGGACACGUAUUUGGCGUACGUGAAAGCCGGCGGAGGACCGCUGGUCACCCUAUUCCUCAUUGCGUGGCUGGCACUGCAGGCCGGGUGCAACUCGUUUGCCAACUGGUGGUUAGGCUAUUGGUUAGCGCAGGGAUCGGGAAAUACCACACAUACCGGUGUCGCACAUCCCAACCAGUCUAGUGUUGCCAACAGUAUACUUAACAACCCGGACCUCAGCACCUAUCAAACGGUAUACGGAUUAUCAGUAAUAGUGGUAGUUAUGACAACCCUCGCCUUGGGUUACGGAUUCACCAAGGUCACUUUGGGUGCCUCUAAACGGCUACACAACCGGGUAUUUCGGCGAGUUUUGGACAGCCCUCUAGCCUUUUACCACACCGUACCGGCGGGUCGGGUACUCAACGUAUUUGUGCGCGAUAUGGACGAAAUGGACACUCAGGUGCCGCAGGCUUUGGACGGCUUUUGUCAGCGCCUGAUGGUUGUCCUGUGCAACGUCGGGGUAAUCGUGUUUGUCUACCCGUGGUUUACCGCCCCAUUCGCUGCGCUAGCCCUAGCCUAUGGGCUAAUACACCGGCUGUUCAGAGGGGCCACCCGUGACCUGAAACGGCUGGAAAGUGCCGCCCGAUCCCCGGUUUAUAGUCACGUUACGGCCACUAUAGACGGCCGGUCGACGAUCAUAGCCUACGGCAGGGAACGUGAGUUUGCAAAUAGACUACAUGCGCUGGUGGACAGGCAAUCGGCGGCAAAUUUUUUGUAUCACUGCUCAGUGAGAUGGUUGUCCACUCGGGUGGAUAUUUUGUGCGCGUUGGUCACCCUAUUCGCCGCGUUGUUUGCCGUGUUUGGUCGCCAUUCGGUGGGCGCCCCCUUCGCAGGGCUGGCACUUGUCUUAUCCAUACAGUACAUUAGAUUUUAUGUAUAG